AUGCACACAAACAAGGACAAUACGGAGGGUGGUGCCGGUGCAGGCGCCCGGCCUUCCUCGGUAGCCCAGGAGGUUGGAAAGGCCGCCCGGCAAGGACAAGCAGGACGAGUUGGCGGGAUUCUCAUGUGGGGGAGAUCUGAGCUGCCCAAUGGUCUCGAGGGAGAGCAUUUCUUCCCCGAUGUUGUUCCCAAGGUGGACCCCGUGGACUUUCACGAUGCCGGGGAAGAGGAAAGUGGCAACUACGACCUAGUCGAGGACCUCGUUACCGAAGAAACCUACAAGCCCGAGGCGAGACACAUGGCCGCAACCGCCGCUUCUGAGGCCGACAAGAGCGGUGACGGAGUUGGGGGAAACGGAGCUGCCCGGCCGCGCCUCGGUGGUGCGAGCGGACGUGCCAACGGUACUAGCGGUAGCGGUGACGCCGCCCCGCAACACGGAGGAGGGGUUGUUGGCGCUGAUAGCGCGAGUGGCGGAGUUGCGGGUGCAAGUGUUCAAGCCAACGGCGGCACCUCGGGUGCAAGCGCUGAGAGGAUUAGGGCCGGUGAAAACGACAUGGACGUGGACGAGGAGGAGGAAGGGGGAUCGGUGGCUGAGAAGGGCAAGGGGCCCGCGCGUCGCCCAGCGGCGGCUCGUGGCGUUGACGCACGGCAGUCUCAGAGGGAGUCGGAGGGGAAGGGACUAGCAGGAGAGGUGGACAGUGAUGACGACGAGGAGAGCUCGGGCAGUGAGCCGGAAAGGGGCAGUAGCAGCGACGGCGACGGAAAAGGAGGCGAGGAUGGGAGGGGCGGAGGCGACGAUGGCCUGGACGGCCCGGGAGCGGUGCAACUGCUGGGCCUCAAGGCGGAGUUCAUGCCCGUGUCGCAGGGCGCGUGGGAGGACGCCGUCUGCCUAGGGGACUCCGGCGAAAGCGAUGCUGAAUCGCGCCGCCGCUCUCCGGUCGGCGGCCGUUCCAGGUCGUCACCGGUGCCGACGCCCAUGGAUGUGUCCGCGUCUGGGUGCGACGAGGAGAGGGAGGAAGGGGUAGGGGCUGCGGCCACGUCGAAAAAGAAAGAGGAAGGGAGAGGACGGGAUAGGACUGUGGAGGAUGGGGCGAGGGGUGCCGCGGAGGGGAUUUCUGGCUCGAAGAAACCUGCCGCUGUCGCUGCCUCCGCCGCUGGAGCUGCAGCUUCCGGGUCCAAGAAGGUGGCGAGGCGUAGGGCUGCCACGGGCAUGGGCAUGAGGACGACAGCGUUUCCGGCGGCAGAGGGGAGCCCUUGGAUCGACCCCCCCUCCGUGCUCAACCCACAGGUGGAUGGGGGAGGUUGGGAGUCGCAGGUGCUGCUGGACGACUCCCAGAAGCUUAAGAAACCUACGAUCCCGGUGUACCUCGAUGACCCAGACAUGCUUUUCGGGGCGCUGCACACGCCGAGGCCAUCCCUGAGGAUACUGCAGACCGAAGCACAACAGGAGAAUAGCCACAUCUUGGAGAGAACGAACAGGCGGCAGAUGGCCACGGAGAAGCAGAAGCGGCUACAGUCGGCGGCGAUGAAGACGGGGUACACGAUCAACACGGUGGGGGACGGGAAAGCCAGCCGCGCCGAGAGCAAUAUCAGGGCUGUCAUCAUUCGGCCCCCACACCAUGCCUCUCCGGCGGAAGACAAGGUUUUGAUCGCUGCCCCAAAGAGCUGGGAAGACAUUCGCAACCUUCACAGACCGAGGAUGCAGAUCCACACGCUCCUGCCCAAUCAGAUGUCGAUCGUUCGUCUUCCGAGAAAGCCCAAGGCAUUGCAGGGGGGAGGGCAGGGCGGCGGGGGUUUCGGUGCCCGAAUCGGAGAGGUGGUUUCGAUGCCCAUGCACAGAGAGAAGGACCUGCUUCCCUUAGAGUCCCACUCCACCUUCGUGGUUGUCGAGUACGUCGAGGAGAGACCUCCCCUCUUGGGGUCCACCGGCAUGGCUUCGACCAUCAUAACCUUUGUGCGGAGCAGCAGCCGCCGGCCAAUCGGGGGCAUCGAGCGCAGAGAGCUUAGUCCGCAGGAAGACUCACCGUUUCUGGGAGAGAUAAGACCCGGGUCUGAGCAGGCAUCCAUCUGCAACGGCCUCUUCCGCGCCCCGAUCUUCAAGCACCACGCUCCUGAUUCUGAUUUUUUGCUCAUCCGAGAGCCAAUGACGAAGAGCGAGAAAGAGCGCAGCUCCCAGAAGCAGAAGAGCAAGAAGGAGAAGUCCGGAAAGUUUUUCUUCAGAGGCGACAAAGGGGGCGGCGGUAGCGGCGGCAGCGGCGGCGGCGGAAAAAAUGCUCCCGGAGGGGGUGCCGCAGGGUCAUCGUCGUCCUCUUCCUCCAAGGCCACCUUCAGGCACAACCAGUUCUACGUCAUCCGCCCCAUGCCAGUCGUGUUUUUGGUGGGGCAGACUGAGCCGCAGAUGGAAGCACUGGAACCCACGAAGGCCACGUCAAAAGCCACGCAUUUGAACAUCGUUACGUUUUUGGCGAAGCGGUUGUUCGACACGACCAAGGCGGCACAGGCAGGCAACGCCGGGAUUCCCUUCAAGAAAGUGCUCGAGGAGGCCAGGUUCCUCUCACUGCCUAGGGCCAAGGACUCUGCCAAGGGGCGUUUGAAGGAGAUGGUCCGAGAGAUCGGCGAGAGGCGAGACGCGAGGGACGAUGGCGACGGCCCAGUAUCGACGGAGAGCCUGUGGGCCGCCAAGCCUGACCUCAACAUGCAGCAGGUCACCGCGCAGGCGGCAAAGCUCUUCCGACCUGAGGACUUUUGCGCUCUCGAGAGCAUGGUGUCUGCGUGGGCCCACCUCUCUGACGUUGGGCUAGACACCUUGACCUCCCACGAUGCCGUCGCGAAGUUCCUCCUUAAGAUCAAGAAGCGCCACGACUGUUUGCUGGCCCAGGUCAAGGAGGUGCGAUCCGCGAGCUCGGCGCUUAGCAAGCAGAAAAGCGUCCUGGCGAGGGCGGCUAGGGUGAGAGGGCGGCAGCCUCCGGAGCACGACGGCGGACUGACAAGGCGCCUCGCGUGCAUGGAGAAGCUCUCGGAGAUCCUUGGGACCCAGCUAACGGAGCUCAAGCGCGUCCGAGCCGUGGCGCAGUACAUGUACAAGGAGCUCCAGAUGGUGCCGUGGACUCUCACCAUCAACUAUCUCAAGCGUCACGGGAUCACUUCCUCCCCGGCGGCCAGUCUCCUGAUGCUGAGCGGCAUGGGCGAUCCUUCUGGCUGUGGAGAAGGGUUCAGCUUCCUACCACGUCCUGCCGAGCAGGCGAAGGCUACAGCUUCCUUGACAACUAGCCAGAAGAUCGUCGCCGAGAGGAGCGUCCAGAAGGUCACCGGUACCAACAGCGACCUCAGGCGACUGACAAUGCUCCAGCUGGCGUCGACGUGCGAAGCCAUGGGAAUCCCGAAGGACACUGUCAAGACCCUCCGACGCUGGGACAGGGUGCAUAUGAUCAAAGAGCUGGCGGGCGUUGCGGUGGCCGAAAACGUUAAAGAUCAGAACAUCUACGCGCGGUUCGUGCGAAAGAGGCGGCCCAACGCCACCAUCGACAAGGAUCUCUACCGGGCAACCUGCAACGAGAUCUGGGAGAGACAGGCCCUGGCGCUUUCGGCAACAGCGGAAGAUGUGCAGGAAUACGGCAGUGAGUCCGCUUCAAGUUCCAAGGCCAAGGAUAAGGUCGAAGCCUCCAAGGGUAAGGGCGGCGAAGCGUCCAAGGGCAAGGCGGCAGGGGCGUCCCCCGGUGGGAGCAAGGACAGCGACAAGGGCGAGGAGAAGGAGGACGGCGACGACGACAAGGAGGACGAUGAUGAUGAUGACGAUGACCUUGACGGCUUGAACGUGGAUGACCUCGACCUUAGCGGGGACGACGACGACGAAAACGACGGCCUCAACUUGAGCGACAUGGAGGAGACGCUGGAGGGGGGGGACGGAGACGGAGAUGCCCCGGUUGCGAAAAGCCUCCAAGACCUGUCUUCCUCGUCCCAGAAGAACACGGACGAGCUCGACGACGAGCGACAGUACCGCAUGCUCCAGCAGGACCUUCAUGGGGUUCGAGGGGAAGCGGCCCGGUGGGGGACGGGAGAGGGGUCCGAUGCCGCUCCCCAGGGGAGCAUGUCGCUCAACGUUGUGGAAGCUCGGAAGGCCCAGACAGAGGAGCUGCUAGGGCAGCUGGGGGGACGGGCGCAACUCCCAGCGCAGGCCGUGAGGCGUAUCACCAGAACGGUCGGGCCGGACGGCACUGAGACCGUCAGGGUUUCGUACUCCUUGAGGAGGCAGGACCUCGUGCGGCUGGACGCAAGGGGGGGAAAGAAGCAGACGGCCCUCUCGAAGAGUGCCGCAGCUUCCGGAGGUGUCGGCGGCGCCAGUCCGUUGAGUUUCUUCUUGCCCCGGCCGCAGGCUUCGGCGGAGUCAAAGGCAGCGGCUUACGAGGAGCGGGGCGCCGCGGCGGGGCAGGAGGAGACGGUGCUCAAGAUCCGUCUAAAAACUGGAGGACUUACUACCGUUGCUCCCAAGGAGAACAAGAAGAAACGGCGACGAAGCAGCACCGAGGGCCGAGUGCGAAAGCCUGAGGAGAACAUCUACGCGAUCCAGAGGCAGAACUCACGCUCGACGGUGGAAAGUCGCGACAGCCGUCCGAGGAACCGGAUGCGGAGCCUUCUCACAGGUGUGGUCAAGAAUCUUUCCGAGAGGCCGGACUCGAUCUACUUCCGAGCACCGGUGAAGCGCAACGUCCCCGACUACUACACCAAGAUCAAGAAGCCCAUGGACCUCCGCACCAUCCAGGACAAGAUCAACAACUUCGACUACACAAGCCGCGAAAACCUGAUCGCUGACAUGCUGCAGCUCGUGACCAACGCCGAGAUCUACAACGGACACGGCCAUGUCCUCGCCCAGAACGCUCGUGACAUCAUGGCGGACUGCCAGGCCCAGCUGGAGGAUCCUGAGAUCGCGGAGGUAGAGGAGUCGCUCACCGCCGAGCACCCGGUCGCCAUGCGAAAUCCUCCCUCCGCAAUACCCGAGUCUACGUGCAUGGCGUCCAAGUUCCACCAAGACGUGUGCCUGGGGCCCGUUUUCGGUGCUCAGUGCCUCUCGGGUGACAUUAGUGCCUAG